UGUCCGUGGUGGAGACCUGUACAGAGGGUAUAUGCCUUCAGAUGGAAAACUGGAUUGGUUCUCUAAGGCCAGAAGAGUUGGAAGGCGUGAGUGGGAUCAGUUUAAAUUUCUCCUGUUUGAUCCGAAUGGGAUUUUGUAUGCAGCUACGAAGGAUGGGAAGCUGUACAAGGGCUCAAAGCCAGACAAUGAAAAUGUCUCCUGGAUUAAUGACCAAGCAACCAAAAUUGGAAUUAGGAUGUGGGAUGAAUUUGAUGCCCUUUUUUUUGACCCUGAAGGCACACUGUAUGCAGUGACUCAUUAUGGUAGUCUUGAAAUGAGAAGCCCCCCAACAGAUGUAGAUGAUAACUGGAUUGGUUCUAGCACAACCCUUGCACAUGAAGGCUGGAGCGAUCUCUCACAUUUCAUAUCUUUCAGUCCUCAGGGAGACCUGUGGUGUGUUGAUUCAAGCAAUGGCAACAUCUACAAAGGGCGAGCUCCAACUGAAGAUGACACCAAUUAUUUGGAAAAAGCAGAGAAAUUAGGCUGCAACUAUAAUAAGUACCUCUUCCUUUCCCUCACCAGUGAUAAAAGCAUCCAAAAUACUGUGAGCUUUCAAUCCCAGCCAGAUUUUGGUGAAAACAUAUCUGAAGGUGACAAGACCCAAAAUGAUAACAAGAGCAAGGUCCCAGCAAAGUUUCCAUUUUCAACUAGUGACUUCUCAGAUCAAAGGAAUGAAGCAAGCCAGGAUCAAGCAGACAUGGAAUUCCCUGAUACUCCAGAUACCAUACUGUUUGCAGUGGACAAACAUUUUGUUGCAAAAGCUGGAUUACUACCGAGGAAUUCUCUGGAUAAAUUUGAAACCAGAUCCUCCACUGUUGGGAAGCUGAAAGAUGUCAGUAAAAUUGUUUUUAGUCCAGAAGGAGAGCUGUUUGCUGUCCGUGGUGGAGAUAUGUACAGAGGUUCUAUGCCUUCGAAUGGAAAACUGGAUUGGUUUUCUAAGGCCAGAAGAGUUGGAAGGCGUGAGUGGGAUCAGUUUAAAUUUCUCCUAUUUGAUCCGAAUGGGAUUCUGUAUGCAGCUACCAAGGAUGGGAAGCUGUACAAGGGCCCAAAGCCGGACAAUGAAAAUGUCUCCUGGAUUAAUGACCAAGCCACCAAAAUCGGAAUCAGAAUGUGGGAUUACUUUGAUGCCCUCUUCUUUGACCCUGAAGGCACACUGUAUGCAGUGACUCACUCUGGUAGUCUUGAAAUGAGAAGCCCCCCAUCUGAUAUAGAAGAUAACUGGAUUGGUUCUAGCACAAACCUUGCACACGAAGGCUGGAGUGAUCUCUCACAUUUCAUUGCAUUCAGCACUGAGGGAGACCUGUGGUGUGUGGAUUCAAGCAAUGGCAACAUCUAUAAAGGGCAAGCUCCAACCAAUGGUCUUACCAGUUUUGUGAGAGCAGCAAAGAAAUUUAGCUGGAACUAUGACAUGUACCCUUUCCUUUCUUUAACCAUUGAUAAAACCAUCCAGAGUAUUGUAAGCUUUGAAUUCCUGCCAAAUUCAGGUAAAAUUCUAUCACGAGACACUGAGGUGUUGCAGAGCCUGAUCUAUAACAACAAGAGCAGUGUCCCAGCAAAGUUCACCUUCUCAUUUACAAAGUCCAUUUCUGAAACCAGCACUUUAACCCAUCAACAUGGAUAUUCAGGGGCCACUGGUCAAGAGAUCACAUUUAAGGCUGGGACUCCACUGAUAGAUGAGGAAGGUGUAAAAAUCUCUGGGAGUGGAAGCUCAGCCCACACCUGGAACUUUACUGGCAACAAUGAAACACAGACUACCUUCUCCUCCAGCGCAGAUAUUGAGGUCCCGGGUGGAAAAACAAUACGUAUGGUGGCAUCCGUCACAAAGGGAGGAAUGGAAGUGCCCUACCGUGCCAUAAUAUGUACCAUGUUUGGCAAACAAACUACCAUUCAGGGAAUGUGGAAAGGGUUUAAUCAUUACAAUCUGAUGAUCACCCAAGAAGAUUAUCAGCCAUGAGAUAUGAUAUGACUCAGCUAUCACAUAGAUUCUCUUCAAACUCAGUAAAUAUAAGGACACAGGUAGAAGUGAUGUAGAAUUAUUGAAAAUCUUUAUUUUAUUGAACCUGUAUUGAAUUAUUGUACUAACUCCAUUUUAACCCACAUCACUAUGACAGACCCUCCAUUUUAACCCACAUCACUAUGACAGACCCUCCAUUUUGUCUACAUUACAUGACAGAAUUUCCUAACAGCAUUUAGUGUAAUGAAUAGAGACUGUAUUUUCUAUAAAGACAUGACUAACCCCGGAAUUGCUGAAUCUCCUGUAAUUUGCAACAUAGUCUCUCUGAAGGCCAUGAGAAGCUGGCCUAAUGAAAUGUUCUAUUCAUAAAAGAACCCUGAACCUGACCACGAGACUGACAUCACUAACUACGCAAAAUGACGCCCAAGCCCCCCUUUCCACCGAGUAAGCCUCGUGCUGGGAAAGAUGGCGCUUGAGCCAUCCGUCUACACCCGUGUCCAGAACAAUACCACCUCUCGGUGGGAGGACACCUAGCUAACCACUUAGUUUUUGAGCCAAUUAAUCAUAUUGAUGGGUGGACAUUGACAUAGCCACUUAACAAUUAAUCCAAUUAAUGAUGUUUAUUUACUGAUAUCUUGAUAAUCAAUGAUGAUGCAAUU